CUGCACAGCAGCAGGCCUGGAGACCGGAGUGGUGAACACCUGGGAAGGAAACCCAAGAGGCUGAGCAGCACCACUCACCGCUCUGAUCUAGGAUCACACUUCCAGGCUUUCAAGAAGGGAGACAAAAACAGAUGGUAUCUUGACAAGCCAACACCACUACCAAAAAGGAAAAACCUCAAUUUGGACACUGAAACCAUCACCUUCCUGUUGCAGUUUGCACAGCACCAGGCCGAGUGGUUACUCCAGCAGGUUUCCAGUUCUUCUUUGCUGCGAGGCCUGAUCCCAUCUCUGGGAACCUAUUGCAGAAUGUCUGCUCAGCCCAUGGCAAACCACAGAAAGAGCCAGGGAUCGAGAGUGGAGGGGAACCGGAAGAAUCGAGCGAAGAACCAGCGUGAUGCAGCGACCGCAGCUGCUCCCCCCUUUGGGACAGAGAGCAAACCCCUGCCCUCUCCCUCCGUCUUCAACUUAUUUGAUGAGGACGGGCGGCUGGAUGUCUUCCGCAUGCGCAAGCUGGUCUACGAGAGAGGCACACAUCCCAGUGAGAGAAAGAUCGCCUGGAAGUUCCUCUUUGGCGUGUACCCAGAGAAAUCCACAGCCGAAGAGAGGUGGGAGCUGGACCAGCAGAUGAUUUCGCAGUACCAGUGGAUGAAGUGCUCAUGGAAACAGCGCUUUCCCUGGGCCACCAUCAUGAAGGUUAAUUCUGACUUGGAGCUGUCCUUGGCCAUCGAGAAGUAUGACAAUCAACAGAAGGAACUCGAAGAAGCCAAGCCACCCACAGAGGCCGACAUCGAGCAGAGCAUAUCCUUCCAGUACGUUAAUGAGAGACAGUUCCGAAAGGCGCUUAGAGACAUCGAUGCAGACAUACCCCGAACAGACCGCAACCGAACCUUCUUCCAGCGUGAGGGACUAAUGAACCUGCUUUACCUCCGAGACAUUCUUGUCACGUAUGUGGCCUUCCAUCAAGACAUUGGAUACUGCCAGGGCAUGAACGACUUUGCCAGCCGCUUCUUGGAGACCCUGGGAAAUGAGACUGAGGCCUUUUGGUGCUUCCUGGGCUACAUGCGACGUUCGGCAUGGAGCUUCACCACCAUGGGCGUGCGCCGCAAGACACAAAUUUGUGAGGAGCUCCUGAAACAUGUGGACCCAGAGCUAUACAACCACAUAGAAAGUGUGUCCAAGGAAAAACUGAUCUUUUGCCUCAGGUGGCUACUGCUGCGUUUCCAGAAAGACCUGGACCACCCAGAUGCUGUGCGGGUCCUAGAGAUCAGUGCCUUGGAAUCUGAGAAGAUGAAUUUUGGAGCUUGGUUAUGGCUGACACGCAAGGAAGGUGAGGAGACAUCAGCCCCUUUCACAUCUGUGGAGCGGGAUGAGAUCACCUUUGAAGUGCUGCUUUGCAUUGCUGUCCUGAUCCAAAACAGAAAGCAGUUGCUACAAUUCCAAGAUGUCAAUGAAUUUUUCCUGUUUGCACAAAGAUUGCAGGGCAGACUUCAGCUGAACACACUGCGUGGGGAAGAGCGGCCAUGAGCAGCAUUUACUGUGGGAGCAGGCGGCUACAGAUGACUACAAAGAACACCUCACCUGUGGAGGAAAGGGUGUGAGUGUCUGCUACAGGAAGAAACAAGAUCUCAGCUACAGCCUCUUUGGGAGCCAGUCUUCAAUGAAGCUAUAAGCAUAUCAACCUAA